GGUUAGAAGAAGCAGAAAAAAAAGAGCCUCCGUUCAAACUGUGUAGAAGAGGAAACAAGAGGGCCGAAGGGUCCUGAACGGGUUUCUGUCGGAAUUUGGCGCAGUGCAGAGUCUGGAAAGAGCGGAUCAAUCCGUGCGCAAAGUUUGAAAUCUUCUUGUGAGGCGAGCCGUGGAGCGCGGAGAGUUUCUCUGAACGGGAGGAUGUCAACUUCAGACGACGUAGACGGGCAGCGGCCGAGAUAUGGCUCCGUCCUGGAUGGCGUGGAGCGGCUCACGGCGGAGGAGAUGGACGAGCAGCGGCAGCAGAACAUGGCCUACGAAUAUCUGUGUCACCUGGAGGAAGCCAAAAGAUGGAUGGAGGCCUGUCUGGACGAGGAGUUGCCCCCGACAACGGAGCUGGAGGAGGGGCUGAGAAAUGGCGUCUAUCUGGCCAAACUGGGCAACUUCUUUGCCCCGCAGACGGUUUCCCUCAAGAAGAUCUACGAUCGUGAGCAGACGCGCUACAAGGCAACCGGCCUCCAUUUCAGACACACAGACAACGUCAUCCAGUGGCUCAACGCCAUGGCAGAAAAGGGACUGCCAAAGAUCUUCUACCCAGAAACCACAGACAUAUACGACCGAAAGAACAUGCCGCGCUGCGUCUACUGUAUCCACGCUCUCAGUCUGUACUUGUUCAAGCUGGGCUUGGCUCCACAGAUCCAGGAUCUUUAUGGAAAAGUAGCGUUCACGGAGGAGGAAAUCAACAACAUGAAGAACGAGCUGGCGAAGUAUGGGAUCCAGAUGCCCGCCUUCAGCAAGAUCGGAGGGAUUCUGGCCAGCGAGCUGUCGGUGGACGAGGCUGCAUUGCACGCUGCAGUGAUCGCCAUCAACGAGGCCAUCGACCAGGGAGUCCCAGAGGGAACCCUGGCCGCCAUGCAGAACCCCAACGCCGUGCUGCUCAACCUGGACUCGGACUCGGCCCAGAAGUACCACGACACGCUCUACCAAGCCAAGGGGGAGAAGGUGGCCAGCUCACGAAAACGACAACUGGAGAACACCGAAGCAGAGCGAGACAUUUAUGACGAGCUUCUGACUCAGGCAGAAAUCCAGGGCAACAUCAACAUGGUCAACGUGAGCAACGCCCUGAGUGCGGCAGAGCAGGCUCUGGUUGGAGGAGACGAGGAUAAGUUGUACGAGGCUUUGAAGGCCGUCGGAGUCCAGAACCUGCAGCCUGAGAACAAAGGCUGGUACCUGAAGCAGCUGCAGGGCGAGAGGGAGAACAAAGAGCAGGUGUCUCCUGGACAACCUCUGACGAAGGAUGAGCUGCAGAGCGGCGUGGACGUGGCGAACGAGGUCGCCGCCGGAUACCUGAAGAUGCUGAAGGCGGUGGAGCGCAUCAACGGCGCCAUCAGAGCGGGCGUGCCGGAGAAGACGGUGGAGGAGCUGAUGAACCCGGACGCCCAGCUGCCCGAGGUUCACCCCGGCGCCGCCGACCUCUACCAGAAGGAGCUGGCCUGUCUGCAGCAGCAGAGCGCCGAGGGCUCCCUGGCCCACCCUGAGCUGCUGGUUGCCGUGGAGAUGCUGUCCGCCGUGGUUCUGAUGAAUGAGGCGUUGGAGGUGGGAGACCGGGCCGCCCUGUGGAGGCAGCUGGCCAGCUCUGUCACCGGGCUCAGCAACGUGGAGGACGAGUACGCACAGAGGUACAUGGAUGAACUGAUGCGCCUGAAAACUGCAGCCAAAGAGGAGGGGAGCAAAUAUCUGACCUGGAACGACAUCCAGGCCUGCAUCGACCAGGUCAACCUGGCCGUGCAGGAGGAGCACGAACGAAUUGCUGCCAUUGGACAGAUCAACGAGGCGCUGGACGAAGGCGACCCCAUGAAGACCCUGGACAUGCUGCAGAACCCGUCCGCCAAGCUCACAGAUGUGGACCCGUCCAUCGCUCAGCACUACCAUGACAAGCUGCUGGAGGCCCGCAGGGAGAAGGCUCAUGAAACUCAGGAUCCGUCCGCCGUGCUGUGGCUGGAUGAGAUCCAGGACGCCAUCUUGAAGGCAAACCAAGACACAAAGGAGGCCAUGCUCUUCUCCCAGUCCAUCCAGGCCAUUAACGAGGCGGUGGAUACUGGAGAUUCAGCUCGGACUCUGGCUGCUCUGCGCAGUCCAGGAGCCGGUCUGUACGGCAUCACCGCGGAGUGCGCGCCGACCUAUCAGGACGACUUGGCCAAGAUUAAAGAGGAGAAGAAGAACGAAGGUGAUAAUGGCAGUGAGUGGGUCAAACACUGGGUGAAGGGUGGACACAACUACUACUACAACCUGCAGACCAAGGAGGGCACGUGGGUGGAGCCCGAGGCCUUCGAGCCAAACAACAUGCAGAUCAACAAGGAGGAGAUCCAGGGGGUCGUUUCUGGGGUAACUACUGCCUACAACCGGGAGCAGCUCUGGCUCGCUAACGAGACUCUAAUCGCGAAGCUUCAAGCUCGAUGUCGUGGCUACCUGGUGAGAAACGGCCUGAAGGAGCGGAUGAACUUCCUGAAAUCUCAGGACCCGGCUGUGAUGUGCAUCCAGGCUCACUGGAAAGGCUACAAACAGAGGAAGGCAUUCCAGGAGCGCAAGCAGCACCUGAAAGAUCACACCGACGAAGCCAUUAAGAUUCAGUCCAUGGUCCGAAUGCAUCAAGCUCGUAAGAAGUAUAAAGAUCGUCUGAAGUACUUUGAAGAUCAUAUUGAUGAUGUGGUGAAGAUCCAGGCAUUCAUCAGAGCUAACAAGGCGAGGGAUGACUACAAGACUCUGAUCAAUGCCGAAAAUCCCCCAAUGGCGGUGGUGAGGAAGUUCGUCCACCUGCUGGAUCACAGUGACCAGGACUUCCAGGAGGAGCUGGAGCUGAUGCGGCUCCGUGAGGAGGUGGUCACAAACAUCCGCUCCAACCAGCAGCUGGAGAACGACUUGAACCUGAUGGACAUCAAGAUCGGCCUGCUGGUGAAGAACAAGAUCACCCUUCAGGAGGUGGUGUCCCACAGCAAGAAGCUGACCAAGAAGAAUAAGGGCCAGUUGUCCGACAUGAUGAUGAUGAACAAGCAGAGGGGGGGCCUGAAGGCUCUCAGCAAGGAGAAGAGAGUCAAGCUUGAGGCCUAUCAGCAUCUCUUUUACCUUUUACAGACCAACCCGACAUAUCUGGCCAAGUUGAUCUUCCAGAUGCCACAGAAUAAAUCUACAAAGUUCAUGGACUCUGUCAUCUUCACCCUGUAUAACUAUGCCUCAAACCAGAGGGAGGAGUACCUGCUCCUGAAGCUCUUCAAAACUGCUCUGCAGGAGGAGAUUAAGUCAAAAGUGGACCAGAUGAAGGAGAUCGUAACAGGAAAUCCAACAGUAAUCAAGAUGGUGGUGAGCUUCCACAGAGGCGCACGAGGACAGAACGCACUGAGGCAGAUCCUGGCACCUGUGGUCAAAGAGAUUAUGGACGACAAAACGCUAAACAUCAAGACGGACCCAGUGGACAUCUACAAAGGCUGGGUGAACCAGAUGGAGUCGCAGACUGGAGAAGCGAGUAAGCUGCCUUAUGACGUCACUCCAGAACAAGCUAUGUCUCAUGAGGAGGUUAGGACGAGACUGGAGGCCUCCAUCAAGCACAUGAAGAGCAUCACUGAUAAAUUCCUGUCAGCGAUAACCGUCUCUGUGGAUAAAAUUCCAUAUGGAAUGCGGUUCAUCUCUAAGGUGCUAAAAGACACUCUACAAGAGAAGUUCCCGGAUUCUACAGAGGAUGAGCUGCUUAAGAUCGUGGGAAACCUUUUGUAUUAUCGCUACAUGAACCCUGCUAUUGUAGCACCUGAUGCCUUCGACAUUAUUGAGGUGUCUGCUGGUGGUCAGCUUACCACUGAGCAAAGAAGAAACCUGGGUUCUGUGGCCAAGAUGCUUCAGCACGCUGCAUCCAACAAGAUGUUCCUGGGAGACAACGCUCACCUCAACCCCAUCAACGAAUAUCUCAGCUCCUCCCACCAGAAGUUCAGGCGUUUCUUUUUGUCUGCAUGUGACGUUCCCUCACUUGAAGAUAAAUUCAAUGUGGACCAGUACUCAGACUUGGUCACGGUCACCAAACCUGUCAUCUACAUCUCCAUCGGAGAGAUCAUAAACACUCACACUCUGCUGCUGGAUCACCAGGACGCCAUUGCACCUGAACACAAUGACCCCAUCCAUGAGCUGCUCACGGACCUGGAAGAUGUCCCCACUGUGGAGUCUCUUAUUGGUGAAAAUCCCCUUCCUCCAGACGAUCCCAACAAAGAGCUGAUGGGAAAGACGGAGGUCUCACUCACGCUCACCAACAAGUUUGACGUUCCCGAUGAGGCCAAUACAGAGAUGGACGCCAAGACUCUCCUGCUCAACACCAAGAGGCUCAUUGUGGAUGUCAUCCGGUUCCAGCCCGGAGAGACGCUGACUGAGAUCCUGGAUUCAACAGCGUCUCCAGAGCAGGAAGCCGAGUACCAGCGCGCCAUGCAGAGGAGAGCCAUCAGGGAUGCAAAGACCCCAGAGAAGAUGAAGCAGGUGAAGCCGGUGGUGGACGACAGCCUGACCCUGCAGGGCAAAAAGGACAAGAUCAAGAGCAACCUGCAGCGGCUGGCCGAGCUCGGGAAGGUCCACCCGGAGAACCGGUACCAGGACCUCAUCAACGACAUCGCCAAGGACAUCAGGAACCAGAGGCGGUAUCGGCAGCGCAGGAAAGCCGAGCUGGUGAAGCUUCAGCAGACCAACUCGGGCCUGAAUUCAAAAACCACCUUCUACAACAUGCAGAUUGAUUCCUACAACCAGUACAUCAAGACGUGCAUGGACAACCUGGCCAGCAAGGGCAAGUUGUCAAGGAAACCAGGCGACAACAAGGCCAAGAAGAGUAAGCAGGUUGCCCAGAAAUACACAGCAGCUCGGCUGAAGGAGAAAGGAGUUCUGAUCUCAAUAGAUGAUCUGCAGCCCAACCAAUAUAAGAAUGCCAUCUUUGAGAUCUCUCCCUCCGAGACGGUUGGCGUGUUCGACGUGAAGGCCAAGUUCAUGGGCGUACAUUUGGAGACGUUACCAUUAGAAUAUCAGGAUCUCCUCCAGCUGCAGUACGAAGGCGUGGCGGUGAUGAAGCUCUUCGAUAAAGCCACCGUCAACGUCAACCUGCUCAUCUUCCUGCUCAACAAGAAAUUCUACGGGAAAUAGAAAGAAAAGAAAAGGAGCAAAGAGCUACAGACACUGAAAUGAAACAGAACCUGGGGGCUGCCUUACCGCCUGCCCUCACUGCACCUCUCAUUUCUGCCUAUGCAAAUUUCUGUGCAUUAUUUUUAUUGUUUGUUUUUUUUUAUAAAUAUAUCGGGUGCGUCUCCAUGCGCUCUUUUGUCCAAGUUUUCCAUGCAUCUCAUUGCAUAGCUGCAGCAAAGUCAAAUUUGUAUUUUUUGCUUGAAUUAUUCUGAAUAUCUUGUACACGGGCUUUGAUUUGUUAUUGAGAUUGCUUUUUGUAAUGAUUUUUUUCCCCCCAGUUGUCAGUUUACCUACUCAAUCCAGAUUCUUUGAGCAUCGGUAGAAAAAUACAUGGCAGCAUUUUGAAGCCCAGGCUUUUAUCUGCACUGAGUUCAUCUUCCUGCUGCUCCCAACAGAAUAUGUUUUGAAGGGAAAAUGAUAAAUUAGCUCCAUUUUUGGAUAUGACAUUCACCCCUAACUGUACAAAAGUGGUGAAUAUUUGAUGAAAAAAUCUAAAUAUUUCUCUUUUUUAGACGUAUGGACAAUAAAUAUUGGCACUAAUCUGACCUCUUAGUGUUUUUCCAUGUUUCUUGAAGCAGGCAGAGUCCAAACCUUUGCUCAGAUGGAUUCGUCAAUCAGCUUUUUGACACAUUAUUUUAUAUAUUUGAAUAUAUAUCCACUUUAGUCCAUUUAUCUUCUGAUUAAAGCAGGUCUAUGAUUGCUGCAUUGAAGAUGUCUGCUGAAUUGCAAAGACUCUGUUGUAUUUUAAAUGGAAAAAUGCAUCAAAGUUGUCUUUAUUUAUAUUUUAUAUGUUGUCAGUUUCCAUUAAAUGAUAGCUUACGUUUGCUAAGCCUGAGACGGAUCUCUUGCAUGAGCUCAAGGAUGUUCAGUAUUACAUUGAUAAAAUGUGGGGAGGAGGAGUCCAGCAGAUGGCGCUAUACACCAUCCAGUUUUCCUCAGCGAUCAUUAGAUUUGGCCUGAAACUCGGACUGUGUGGACUCAGUUAUCCGGAUGUUAAAUUUUCAGUCUGUGUAAAGUUGUCAGUCGGUGGCGCUGUCUGCAGCCCAGACUGUGAUGUACUCUACCUGUUUUAGAAUAAAGCUCUUUCAAUGCAU